CAUUCCCUGUCUAUCAAGAUGGAAUUUGGCUUACACAAUUAUGGACAUAGCAUAUUUUCACAGGAGUCUUCCCAAAGAUUGCCAAAGUGCCAAUUGCCAUCACACAGUAUUCAUAACACAACAUGCUUCUCAUUUCCCAUAUCCAAAUCCUGCCCAACAACCAAGCACCCUGGACAAUUUCAAUCCCAGUACAUAAAAAAAAUAGCUGGGGACCUACGAUUUUCUAAAGAUGUUGUGAGGGACAGAAGCUUGGGCUGCCUACCCUACAAAGAAUGGAAUGCUAAAGGGUUAUACGACGCCUCAGACAUUGUUUCUAGAGAAUGCAACCAAAGGAUGUCAAAAGUUCACCUACCUCAGCGCAGGUCUUGUUACAUGAAAAAUGCUUCAUCGCCCAAACAAAUGAAGACAAGAACCUGUUUUGACUUUGGAAAAAGUAUUUGGAAAGUAUCCCCCGAAGGACAACAGGAGAUAAUUACUGAUAUGAAAUCAAAAUAUUUUUUAACAGAGGCAAUGUCAGGUCCAAGUAAAAUUAUACAGAAGAUAAAACAUGAAGGAUAUAUUUCUUCUGCUUGUUCAUCUAAAGGAUCUUUAGACUGCUGUGAAGAGGUCCUGAAGAUGUUGACAAAGACCACAGCUCAAUGGAUUGUGAGUCAUCACACAGCAGACAGAGAAGUCAGGGAUAGGAUGUUAAGACAUUAUAGUUUAAUGGGCUCUGCAGAGCUAAUUAGCGAAGAACAAAUGAAAGAGGGGGAUUUUAGGACUUUGGAAGAGCUGGAAGAGUCUAAAUUGUUGUAUAGCCAGACACAAGAAAAAAUAAAGGAUCCCGAAAUGUUACUUCCAGUCUAUUACAGGAUCCCUGAAUAUUUACCACGUCCCAAAAAACACGAGGAGAUAGGAAGCAGAAACAAAACAGCAGAAUCUUUGUCUGUAAAACAUUAUGAACCAAAAACACCUUUACGACUACAGGACAUGAUUAACCCAAGGGUUGGAAAAUAUGUUAAGGCAACAGAUAAUGCAUUUGAAGGAGAGCUUUAUUCAGGAAUCAGUAAAAUUAUUCACCAGAAAAAUGCAAAGAAGAAGAACAUAAUUUACAUGGACAGCCACAAUCACUAUGAUAAGCAUCUCCAGGAGAUAUUUCCCAAAUCCUACCAAAAUUUGGUCUUCAUGGAGGAAAAUGCUGGCCUGGAUAUGAGACCUGGAAGAGGGGCCAUCCGUUGGAUUGCCCUUCCAACACCUCCUGGAGAUGGAGCUGAAACAGAACCCAGCACACCACCUUCUAAGACACCCAGGGAUGCAAACACCAGGACAAGGAAGAUACAGGAUACCCCAUUGGACAAAAGGCAGGUUCUGAAGAACAUACUCACUCACUGGAGGGAAGCUUGGACUUUGAGUGUCAACUGGCAAGAGGCCACCAUAGAGCAGUUGGAAAGGGAUCUCAGGAGUGUGCACAAUGCCCAGAAAAUUUCAGCUCUGGUAACCAUUGCUUCUGCUGCUACAGAGCGCCCACAACAACAGGCAAAGGACAAUGAGACUGCUAUCUCCCAUAUACCUGCAGAAACGUUGCCUCUCAUUUCAAGUGCCCUUAGGGAUGAUGACAGCCUAGUGAGGAUGGCGGCAGCUCUUUGUCACUUCUUUAUCCAGGAAACAAAUGAGGAGGCAAGGAAGGUCAUGCUCACUGCCCUAGAGAAAGGUAGUGAUGCGGACAGUUGGGCCUCUGCCCAGUGUCUGGCUCUGGAGGGGAACCACGACUACCUGGUGGUAAGGAAGAUCCUCGCUCAGCUUUUUGAUGGGGGGAGAACAGAGAAACAGGCUUGUUAUCUGCUGGGUGAACUCAGCAAGAGCACUGAUCUGAUCCACGCCAUGCUGGGAAGUGAGCUAAACAGCUGCAAUUGGAAACACCGCAUUGUAGCCUGCAGGACUAUUAGUCAGCUUCAUGGACCUGUAAGCCAGGAUUUGAGGAAUAAACUAAAUCAUGUGAUGUGGGAAGACUGGAAUAUGGCUGUUCGAUGGGCGGCUGCCAAAGCCUUGGGACAAAUGGGUCAUGGAAAGGAGAUACAUGAUCAAUUAAGGAAGCACUUAGAGAGCGGGAACUGGAUGGACAAAGUGGAGUCUCUUUCUCUGAUUGCGUGGCUGCAGUUUAUGACGGCUCAGUUGCUCCCUGGAUUUCUCCAGUGCUUUUCUGAUGACUACAUAGCUGUUCGCCGACAAGCCUGUCUGACAGCUGGCAGCCUUCGGAUUAAAGAUGAGAUGGUACUGAAGUGCCUUCAUCAUCUGAUUCAAAAUGAUCCAAUCUGGAAAAUCCAAGCAUUUGCCAUUAAAGCUUUAGGCAAGAUUGGAUAUGUGACUCCUGAGGUGAAGGGUCUUCUGUUGAGAGCCGUAAGAAGUGAGGAGCCAGGUGUGCGUGUAGAAGCCUGUCGGUGCAUUGCCACACUUGGCUUGGGUGAUCCUGAAGUUCAGAGUGUCCUACAGAACCGGUUGGCCUUGGAAUCUCAUGAACUUGUGAAAAGGGAGGUUGGUCGAACACUGACAGCUUUGAACAUGGAACAAGAUGGAAAUGGAGAAAUGAGAACAUUGAUCCAGAAGCAGACUGUGUGUUGCGAUCUGUUACUCCAGAUAUCUAGAUUAUGCAAAAAGGAUGUGCUGAUCCCUAAAGUUCUGAUGCUAACAGAGGUUGCAGAUAUUGGACAACAGAACAUAGAACUGCUGACCCAGAAGACUCCUGGAAGAAGCUACAAGUCACAGAACCUCAAAAACGUUGACAAGGUAUUUUCUGGCCAAAGUUGUCUUUUGAUACUGAAAAAGGACAGAUUCUGAACUGCAAGUAUAUCACAUGGCCACUGGUAACUUUUGGCUAAAGACAUCUUCGUUUGUUAACAGGUUAAAUGGGGCUUAGUAUAUUUGUAUUAACAUCUUACACUCCUCAGGAGAAUUUAAUUUAAGAGUAUAAUUCAACUCCUUAAAAUAUAAAAUAGAGGCACAUGGAAGAGUUAAAUUAUAAAUGUGACCACUU